GCACGUUACCCUGGAUACACCGGUAAAAAGCUCUUAACACGCAAGUAUACGUCCUGUAUUCGGUGCCAUGUAGGAAUGUUUGACUAUUAUUCGUACACAUCUUGCGCAAUGAAACACUAAAAUACUCAUACAUUAACUGCUGCCGAUUAUGUCGUGUAAAUCGUUUAAUAUAUGUGUAGUUUUAGAUAUUUUAGACGUCACAUGUCCCGGUGUAUGCAUAUGUCCCAAAGGAAUGAUAUAUCUCGAUAUUUGGUUGUUCGGAUGUAACAAUAGCACAUCAUAUGUAGAACCCAAAUUUCCUUUAACUUUCAACGAAACAUUUAACUUCCACAAAACCUUUGCAAAACUCUCAAACUUGAGAGAUAUUCAAAAAUCUUUAGAAGAAAAAUGCAUAAAAAUAGCAUUAGUGCAAGCCUACAAAAAGAAACAAGUCACUUUAGCCACAUAUAGUUCCUAUGUCGAUGAAGUAUUAUAUCCUGAACGUAGUCGGUUGAAUAAAAAUGGAGAAAUGGCAUUGCUUAUGAAAAAUGAACCUUUAUUUCCGGGAACUAUUUCGCCGAAAAUUACUCUGGUCACCAAGACCAGUGUUACAGAACAAAUAAACGUAAUUUUACUUGCAAAUCAUAGCUCAUCUCAAUAUUUAGAAACGCAAAAUCAGUCAAACAGAAUGAAAAGAGUUCAUCACUCUAAAUUGAUAAAUUCACCGUGUUCACAUAAAACAGAAAAUAGGACAACUAACGAUGAUAGAAAUAUUAAUUCAGAUACAGACACAGACAGUCUACUAUAUUGCUCAAGGGGAAUAAAGACCAAUAACAACAUAAUGGAUUUGAAAUGUCGUUUAAAACAAUCUUGCAAACACUGUGAAGAUGAGAAUAAAUCCAAAAUAAACGAGCAUAUAAAUGAAAACAGAGAUUGUAAAAAUACUAAGGAGUGUUUAAAUUUGAAACAUAAAUCUUUGGAUAAUGAUGAAUGCGAAAAUACAGGAACUACAUCAAAUAAAUUUGGUAAAAAUAUGAAAGCAACAUUCAACAUGAGAGCACAUAACUAUAAGUGUUAUAAAUCAAAGUUAAAUAAUAGCAGCAGUACAAAUGAAUCGAUGAAAACAAGUGAUGAAGAUUCUAUAUUAAAUGAAGAAAAAAAAACGAAAAAUUGUGUAAUACUCAAAAAUUCAGGCGAAGAACCAAAGAAAAUAAAUCCUAAGAUUAAAGCUCGUUUACAUUUGGAUGUGUAUCAUUGCAAAUGUGGCAUGCCUGACUGUAUGUUAAGCCCUUCCUGGAGGAAUAUAUGCAAUGAAGUGAACAGGAAAGACACCAUAGGAGAUGCAAUUAAAUAUCAAGUAUCUUUGAGAAAUUACUAUAGGAGACUUUACGAAGAGACCACAAAUCAACUUGGUAGACAUCUACAACUACUCUGAUUCUACAACUUUCCAUAGUUUUUAACUUUAAAAAAAUAAUUUUAAGAAUUUAAUAUGUAAUAU